UUACCUACAUUUAUUUUUAUUCAAAGAAAAAUACAUGUUUUCUGAUCGAUUAAUACUGAAUCCAAAUUUCGAGAUUUGUGAUUCUUUUUGUAAUGUAAAAAAAAUUUGGAAUAUUAAAUUCCAAAACAUAUGAGCAGCACAGUUGAGUUAUGCUAUCCAUUUGAAUAAUAUUGUUAUUGUUGCGAGCAGUGACCCCCCGACAGGGUACCGUUAGUAUUUCCUAUAUGAAUGUGGGAAUCUUCAACAGAGUUAAUCAUAAAGAUAAAGAUAGUGACGGGAUGUAUGCAGAAUGGAGCUCAAUACCACUUGAGGGUGGGGGACAAGGGGUACUGGGAGCAGUUGGAGGCCGAGACGUUGUACUGGCAGUUGUGAAACAAUUGAGCUCCCCUGAUCCUAGUCCUUUAACUACUGAUGCUGAGGUGGAGUGGGUUCUAGAAGUGAUCAGAUAUGGUUUGUCACUGCCACUGAGCGAGCACAGUGCUGUACGGGAUUGCGUGCGUGUCGCGUGUGCGUGGUUGACCCCACUACUGGCUCCCACUCCCGCCGCGCAACCCACCCCCCCAGCUCUUCCUCCACCCGUAGUCGCCGAGCCUCACAGAUACGCAAGGAAGAUACUGCGCCACCUACAAAACUUGUUUGUUCCAAGACCAGACGAAACUCUCGCUUUCAUUUAUCAAUGGGAAUUGGGUGGCGACUUGAUCAGCAAACAAGCAGUUCUGUGUCACCGCGUGCUCCGACUGGCGCGUGCCCUGGCGGACGGGGGCUCGCUGGGCGGCGCGGAGUGGAAGGCGUUGUUAUUGCUGCUGCUGGCCGCCGCUGCAGCCCUACUGGCGCCGCCGGUGCCUCCUCCGCCCCCGUUCCACGCCGCAGCGAUCUUUCAGCUCUGCGACCGCGUGCUCUCCGUUCUAUUUGAAGUUUGGUUGGUGGCGUGUCACCGAAGUUUCCCGGGCCCCGCGCUGUGGCGUACAUUGCGCGAGCAGUGCCUGCGUUGGCGGCACCGCGACCUGCUCACCAAGCAUUGGACGCGCGCCUCGCUGUGCCUCACCGCGAGACUACUGAACAAUCUGUACGGUCCGCACUUCCCAGCCGUGCCCAUCAGCGAAGAAGACGCGAACCUGGUCCCCGCGGACAUGAGUCCAGAAGCGGUAAUGCAAAGCUGGUAUCGGAUCUUGCACACGAUUGGCAACCCUGUAGACUUGUGUCGACCGCGCGUCAUCAGUCAAACUCCAGAAUUUUUGCAGUACUCAAUAACUCAAGAAGAAGGUGGUCGAGAGCCUAGUCAGCAUCCGUGCUUGGAAGUCCUCCCUCACAUCUUUCAUCAAGCAAUGAAGGGUGUGGCAGCACAUGUCGAUGCCUUUCUAGGGCGGGGCCGCGAAGAGCGCUGGGUGUCGGGGGGCGCGGGCGGGGCGGGCGCGGGGGAGGAGCCGCCCGACGACUUCACGCCGCCCGCCCACCGCCGGCUCGCCAAGUCGUUCAGCGUCUCCGCGCCCAAACCCAAGGACAGGAUACCGGAGAAAAGUACCCCUCGUACCUCCCUCAUCGGCUUGAGUAGUUCGAGCAGCCGUCCACCGAGUAUCGCGCCCACCACUCCGCCCAAUUCUAUCACUUCACAAGUGGCCGAAACGGAAAAGCCUCCCCUCACACCGUUACGUCCCAAAGUAAACUCCAUCUUCCAUUUAUUCGGCGAGUGGCUCUUCGAGGCGGCCCUCAUAGGAACCUCGGCUAACUACAACACGCAGCAACGCGCCGAGGGAAUGCCCCCGCAGGCAUCCGCAUCCGAUCCUACGCAUUCUUAUCACAUGUUUAGAUGUCAAGCAGGGCGGGCGGAGGCUCUGGGCACCUUGUGCCGCGUGCUGUGCUCCAAGCAGUGCCGCGAGGAGGUGCUCGCGCCGUACCUGGCCCGCUGCUAUGUGGCCAUGCACCACGGCCUCAGGGACGCCGCCACCGCCGCCGCAGUCGUGCUCAACGCCUCCGACAUAUUCAGACUGGAUCUAGAUGGAGUACUAGUUUUAGUUCCGGACUUUAUAAACGCCUUAGACAAGAUUCUGUCGGAACGCGAGCCGAAGAUCGAAUGCGACUCCAUAGACAAGCGAGAGCUCCGCAAGGCGGCCAUCAGCAUCCUGCUGUCUAUGGUCGCGUUCCCGUACCACUACAAGGAUCUACCAGUACCGGAAUUCCCUGGCUGUAAUGAAUAUGCGGGCAUGACGCUGGGCGAGCUGACCCGCGGCCGCAUCGCCGUGAUGUGCGUGUCGGGGGUCCAGGUCGAGUGGUCGAGCGCGCUGGCCGUGCCGCUGCUCAACGCUCUGUACUUGUGCGUGCGGCACAACGCGCUGGCGGCGCCCGCGCAGCCGCUGCCGCCUGACAUGCGAGCUCGCUCAGAGAGCGGCAGCACGGAGGGGCAUUCGCUCGACGACUUCGUGGCGGAUGUUAGGGGGCUUGAUCCAUCCUCGCCUGUUUUCGGGGCAGCACUGGUUGUACGCGCCACCUAUCUGGUCUGCCAUCGAUUGAUAUCCUCGUGGAAGGGAGAACUUCAGGUUUCUUUAGCUGCUUUAGAACUUCUCUCUGGACUUGCCAAGCUGCAUUCCUCUAAACCAGAGUUCAUUAUCGAUGCGAUCGAGCGCAAGCGCGCGGUGCGCUGGAUAUGCGACUACAUCUCGGUGCAGUGCGGGCGGCCGCCGCAGGCACACUCGCGUGACCUGCACUCAUGCGUGGUGGCGGCCUACGGCUGUCUGUCGGCGUGGCUGUGCCCGGCGCUGCUGGCUGACCCCGACUGUCUGGCCACGCUCAUGGAGGUCGUCGAGCUGGGCAUCUCCGGCACCAAGAGCCAAGCCAAACCUGGUGACCCUCCAAUGAUGAAAGAUGAAAAAGAACUGAAGCCGGUUUCGAUGCGGGUCAGGGAUGCUGCCGAAUCCUUGUUGAUGCAGAUCUUAGAACAGCAAGUGGACAACGGCCUCAACGGCAACUGGUGCCGGCUCGACGAGCGCUGGCUGGCGGCGCUGGGGCACGGCAAGCUGCGCCACUUCAUCGCCGACGGCAACAUCAUGCUGUCGCUGCUCGAGGAGCCGCUGGCCAACAGCCAGGAGCCGCAGCCCACGCUGGUCGUGAUCAUCCGUUGUGCGUGGGGUCGGUACGCGUGGUCGCUGAGCAGCCGGGGCGCGGCGCGGAGUGCGGGGCGCGGCGCGGGCGGCGCGUGCGCUCGGCCCGUGGACACGCGCCCGCCGCGCGCCCCCCCCGCGCCGCACUGCCGCCCGCUGCCGCCUGCGCCGCCCUGCGCGCUUGACGCAGCGUUCCCCACGCUGGACGCCGUGCUGCGCCAGCUCGGGGACCCGGAGGCGCCGACCCUGUUCAAGCUGUUAGAGCAGCAGGCCGCCAUCGAGAAACGCGUUAAAGAGAGCGAAGAUAACGUGGUACCGGAAGAAUAUGUUCCUCCGGAGCCGGUCACAGAGUUCCAGACGGCGAGACUGUUCCUCUCGCAUUUCGGCUACCUCAACAUCGGAGGUGAUAAAAAGGGCGGGGCGGCGCGGUUGUGGGCGCUGCGCGCGGGCGGCGCGGGCUGGGCGGCGGCGGUGCGGCGCGUGGACGCGUGCGGCGCGCGGGCGGCGCUCACCGUGCACGUGUUCUGUGCGCGCGCCGGACACACGCGCGCCGCCGACAUCCUGCGCAACGCCUCCUGCACCUCCGGCCUGCCCGCCGGCUUCCUCGCCAUGCUCAGAGGCCUGGGCAAACCAGUAAGGGUCCGCGGCCACGGCGGCUGGACUGGCCACGUGGACACCAGCUACGACACUCCGCAUCUGCAGGAUCUGCCGCCAGCCAACAACGUCGGGGAGAAAGCGCCCGCUAUAUACGACGGGAGGGAGCAGGUGCUGUACUGGUCGGACUCCACGAGCGAGAUAGCGUUCGUGGUCCCGUCGGGGCACGGGCCGAGCGACGCGCCGCCCGACCGCCGCAGCGACAGCAUCAAGUCCGACACCGACGGGUCCUGUACAUCCUCGAGGAGCUCAGAGAAGGGAGCGGGCUCGUGCUGGGACGUGUCGAGUGAGACGCACGACAAGCUGCGCGCUCUCUCGCUCGACCUGGACAGGCAGCCCGCCGCCGCGCCCGGUAGUGGACGACGUAACAGAGAUUUUACUACGAAAAUACUAAUUAUAUGGCUCGAAGACUUCGAGGAUCAAUUGAAUCUACCGAUCGAGGAGCUGCUGGGCUACUGCGAGACGGGCGUGUGGUGGCGGCGCGAGGAGGUGUGCGUGGUGUGCGCGUGCGAGGCGCGCAGCGGGCUGGUGCGCGUGUCCGCCGCCGCCGCGCUGCUGGCGCCGCGCCUGCUGCCCCACGUGCUGCGCCAGCAGGCCCUCGCGCACGCGCGUCUGCACACCGACCUGUACCAGCCGCCUCACGUGAGACGGCGCCACCUCAUACAGGAGCUGGCGCAGCAGUUCCGCCAGGACCUCACCGAGCCCGAGCUGCUGGAGUCGCUGUUCAAGAGUCCGUAGUCGCAUCGGCUGGACCCUCGCACCGUAUCAAUACUUACCAAAGCUAAAACUUCAAUACUUACGCCAGUUUGGG